GAAAAUUACAGAAACCACAACCUUGAAACGCGAUUGUUGGACCGAAAACCCCAUAGGAAACAUCCUGGUGUUGAGUCUCCACAACAUGGACGUUCUAGGCUACAUCCUUUUUAUUUCUGUCGAUAUUGUGUCAAUUACGCCCUUCCUUCGGGUAGCCCACACCGUACCGUGUCGAGAACGCCCUUCUAUUUCCUGUUCUUACCCAAACCUCAGGUGACUCUCGAAGGCUGUGGUCCAAUACUUUGAGGUAUUUAAGUGCCCAGUGAUGCCCUCCUAAUAGUCUGCUGCAAAAUGCCCCAUACCCAUCAACCGCGCAGAACAGCACAUCAACGCCUCGUCAAAUAUGAGUGAUAAAAGCCUCCAAUUCCGCAUCGCCACCCCAGACGAUGCAGUCCAGAUCCAAAACCUGAUCCAGUCAUCAUUCCGCACUGAAGACCCAAGAGCAAACUGGACGGGGAGCACAGAACUCGCAUCACAGUUCCACAUCAGCGUCGACGAGGUCCUCGCCAACAUGCACAAGCCCGACUGCGCCGUCCUCGUGGCCACGGACCCCGCCGACGGCGCGAUAGUGGCCUCGGUCGAGUGCGUGAGGCGGCGCACCACCAGCACCGCUGGCAUCUCUGCCGACAACAAGAACAAGAACAACAACAACGGCGGCGGCGAUCUGGCGCGGCUCUCCAUGCUCGCGGUGGACGACGCCCGGCAGCGCAGCGGGCUCGGGCGCAAGGUGCUCGGGCGCGCCGAGGACUACUGCCGGAAGGAGUGGGGUGUGACAAGGCUGGGGCUUAACGCGCUCUCGACACGGGGGGAGCUCAUCUCGUGGUACGAGCGGUGCGGGUUUGAGAGGACAGGGGAGACCUCCGCGUUCCCGCGCGGGCGGUUCCCUGCCCUCAGCCUACCUGAGGACCUUUGUUUUGUUGAGCUGGAGAAGGACCUGUUGAGGGUUGCGUAACUAGAGAGGCUUUGUUUUUUUUUGGGAGGAGUUGGGGGCUACG